AUGUUCCGCAGAAAGAGGAGUUCCUCGCAACAUCAGGUCCCUCUCUCACACUCCUCGUCGCAAUCGGCGCAAUCCGCUGCCAGCCAUGCCUUUCUCAAAUCCCAGCCCUCCUCCAGCAGCCUGUCCUCCGCCGCCGCAGCCGCCGCCCUGCGGAGCCUCACCCCGACACCGACCUCCGUCGAAAAUGUCCAAACAAAGCGCAUGAUGCAGCGUCGGGCCUCCGUCUCGUCCCAGCAGGGCGGAGCGCCCAGCCUGCGCCCAACCAGCGGGAAUGGCCUCCGUCGGUCCAGCAGCUCGGCGUCUAUGGGCACCCGCACGUUCCGGGACCAGUCGCCGCGCCGACCUGCCUCCAGUUCCGGUCCAACCGAUUCCGCACCGCCACUCCCUUCCAUCCCCCGCGCAUAUUCUGCGCGUAAUACUCAGGCCCAACGCUCCUCCAGUAUUGGGCCGCCCAUGCGAUCCAGUCCCCGCGCAAAACCGACCCCCCAACGGGGAACGAGCGUCGAUCGCAACCCGGCCCACGGAUCGACUCCGUCCCCGGAUCUUCGACGACCCGCAAGCCGGAACUCGGUCAAUUUCUCAUACCCGAUGACCUCUCGCCCGACGAGCCCCUCCGCGCCUCGCAGCCCGUCGGAUAGACGUGACAUCUCGAUCACUGGCCAUCUGUCGUCCGCGGAUCCGCCCAAGACAAAGAACGCGAGCCCUCGGGCGGCGAAAAUUGCCAAGGCCAAAGUUGCCCCGGGGAGUCCUGCCCGGGGCGUGCCCUCCGCAGGCACUGCCGUUGCUGCAGCGCAGGCCGCCAUUGUACCACGCAGUCCAGACGCCAGUUCUCCAUCCGUGAGCCCUCGCAUCGCCCUGCCCCGCGAGCUCAUCGUCCCCGACCAGGCCCCGAGCCAACCAGUGGCAUCGGCGGAUCACAGGCAGCUAAACCGCCCCAAUCUGAUCAAAAGGCCAUCAACGGUGACGGAAGAUGCUCAGGGCGAACAGCGUGCGGAGUCAAAUCCACUGCAGAAGAAUAAUAAUGCACCACGGGGAGGCAGCGUGACGCCAGAUGUACAACCUAUCGUCAAGUUGCCGCCAACGCCCGACACAGGCAAGGACCAGUUGCUCAGUCCGCCGAUAAGCCCGCCAGACUCGAAUAAAUCAGUAGAAGUCGGUCGAGAUGGCCAGUCGAGUAUGCGUCAGUCGGGUAGCCCCGCGAGGUCAGCCCGCUUUUCUCGCCAUUUGUUGGUGGCCGCGUUUGCAGGCGAGCAGCUACACCAACCUCCGCCUCGGUCACUGUCGCCCGCGAAAUCGGCCAUGAAAGCCCCGCGGAAGAGCUCGCUCUCCCCGGAAGGCCGCACCGAGUCGAUUCUACGGCCUGGCCCGCCUCUCAGCGAACUCUCCGAUGCCAUGUCUGUGGCGUCCGAUGAUGGGCUCAAGCAAGGGGCCCGGAGAAAGCCUACAAAGGUCAGCUUUGACGACGAAGCGGAAGUCGUGGGGGUGGCGGCGAGCCCUCCCACGUCGCCAGAAGAGGCCCUCCCAGAGUCACCCCCCUCGAAGCCGAAAUCCAAGAGCAGUUGGUUCAGUGCCAAGCGGAAACCGAGCCCACUGAAUACGAGGGUCGACGAGUUCGAUGAAGUGCUGAAACCCCGGCGAGCUCUGCCUUCGUUUGGCAGCAUCAGGGCCGACCGACAGGGGGAUGUACAAGAUAAGGCUCCCGAGCAGAGCGACAAUGAGUCAACGACUUCAUCUGACUCCCCCGCGGAGGCCUUAGGGUGGUCUUUCUCGAAUGACCACGCGAUUGGGGGCGUCAUUGCCAAUACCGAAUCUGACGAAAGACAGACCCAUGUAGCGCCGCUGAUGCUCGCUAAUGCAGCGGAGAGUGAGUCCGAAGUGGAGAAAUCACCGCAGCAGGAUCACUUUCCUGCUCGAUCCGCCCAGCAAGCUGCGUCGGAUGACUUGGCGGCGGAUGAGCCUCGCGAUACUGAGGCGCGCAUUUCCAAGGCACCUUUGGAAGUCCCCGAUAUCAAGGUCCUGCCCGCAUCUCCGGAACUUAAAAAGGAACGCCACAGUCUCGAGUGGUACGAGGUUCCCGGCGGCUUCCCGCGGUCCUCGCUGGAAUUCGACCCGAAGGCUAGCAAGGCGAAAGCGAAGGACCAGUACGUGCCUGCCAAUGACAUGGAUGUGGAUGCAGUCGAUGACGGGGAGAGUGACGACGAGUCCGGUGCAAGUAUCUACAGUGAUGCCGAAGAGGACUUCGACGGAAACGGCUUUGGUUCUAUCAACGCUAUUGUGGACGGUGAAGGGCAAGCCUCCCAGACGCCGAGCCCGACGACCCCUGACUCGGAGAGCAAUGACAAGCCGUCUCAGAAGCCGGAUUGGCCUGACUUCCCCGAGACCUGCCAGAUCGGCGGCAGAGUGAAUACUGUGCCUCAUGCGAUGGCGCCGAUCCCCGAAUCGCCAGGGUCUUCGAAUGAACUGCUUCCGUUCUCGUCGCCAUACCCCCCGUUUCCCAUCCAGUCGACGGAUAAACGUCCCCAAAAUGGUGAUGUUUCACGCUCAUCUUCAGUCCCGGUGAAGCCUGCCCGACAAUCUCUGCUGGCAAGAGCCAACGAAGGCCCGAGUCCCGGUGACAGAGCCCUGCCUUCUGUCGAUGGGACCGGAUCCAUGCCCGGGGCAUCAGUGGCUGGAGCCUCUCAAGUUCAGCAGCAGCGUGCCCAAGACGGGGCCCGAAUGAGGCCUGUCUCAUGGAGCCCGGCUCUUGGGAAGGAGGGUCAGGCCAAUGGCAAGAGCUCGCCAGCUUCCUCGAGACCGUUGUCUAGCGGCAGCGACUCCUCGAGCAGUUUCAAACGGGCCAGUCGGCCCUCUCGGGCGCAGUCGAAUUAUACUAUGCGACGAACCAUGCGGGGGAGCCCUCCAGGCCGCCUGGCCCCUCGGGCGACGUCCCCGCAGGCGGAAAUCCGGCCGAUAUCAUCGGAGUCGGGGGGCGGCAGCAUGCGCACGACCCUGAGAGGGAACGCCCCGAAGCGCGAGAAAGCCUCGUUCUUCUCCACCGGCAAGGCGUCCAAGGCUAAGCUCACGAAGACCCCCGCUGGUCAGUUUACGACCCGGUUCCCGGAUUCCGACUCCGACGACGAGGGGUACGAGGCCUGGAAGUCUCAGCACCGCUAUGACGAUUCCAGCGAUGACGGCGAGCGGGGCCCUAACAGCAACACCUUGCGACCUGUUCGGGGCAUCCCUCGUCGGCAGGGCGCGCGCGACGGGGACUCGACGGAGCUAGAAGACAGUUCCGACGACGACCGCAGCGCCACCCCGCGAGCUGCGCCCCAGUCCCCUGGCAAGUCAACCCCCUCUCGGGAUCCUGCAUUAGCAGCGAUCGCGAAGAACCGCGGGAUGACGGAUGAGGAAAUGGAUGACUUCCUACGCCAGUCGAACCGCGGACGCAAGCCCGGGCUGUUCCACCGCUUCAGCAUCCGCAAGUCCAAGUCACCCGUCAAUCGGCGUCUUUCCACGAAAGCCCACGCGGAGGCUUCUGCGCGGAACGGCGUCAUCCCCGAGCACGAUGCCGCACGGGGAGACCCUCCCCUUCCUGGUGCCGAAGCGAACAUUGUCACCACCAUCACGGCGACCAACGCGCCGCCUCCGACCCCCUCCAAGCUCCUGCGCCGACCUUCUCAGCGGUCCACUCGCGGCGACAACAGCUGGCCGUUGCGCUCCGAACCCAACAACGAAUCGGGGGCGGGGGGCGAGUCCUCAUCCGUCCCUCCCGGCGGACCACUGUCCACGGUGAAUGAGGCCUGUCAGAACGGCAGUGCAGCGGCCGUCACCGUCGCCCCUGCGUCGGCGCCCGUCGCGAAGGAGAACGAAAACCCGCAGCAUGCGGCAUCCGGGGUCAAGGGCGAGGGACCCAACGCGUCGGACGUGGUGAUCACCCCGUCCGGACGAAAGAAACGAUUCCCGCGACUACGGAAGGCAUUCGGCCUGCGCACCAAUCUGGACUUCGACGCCCGCGUCCCCAUCCCCUUCAGUGUCUUCCCGUCGUCGUACCGGAGUGACGCUGUUCCUGAAGCUACUCUUGGGCCCGCCAGAGUAGAGGAAGAAGUCAAUCUCGAUCGCACUUCGCACGUCGAACGGGAAGAUACUCGAACCUCGGCUCCUCUCCCCGACCCGCGUGUCUACGGAAAGGAAGAAGUCGACUUUCGUUUGCUCGAGCAGGACCGUUUUGCUGCUGCUGCCGGUGGUCGUGACCCCCGUGUUGUUCAACAGGACGUUACUGUCUCCUUCGACGAACGUGUGCAAACCGUUCCUCCUCCUCUUGCUACUGCUGCUGCUCCCGGCCCGUCCUUUGGUCACCAUCAGCAAGGCCCGUCUUCCUUUGCGCCAGCUGCUCCCCAGCCCCGGUAUCCCGAAGUUGCUCUAGCGCGUGAACGUUAUCGUGAACCUGCGGCCCGCUACCCAGCUCGUCCGUCUCCCACCUACGAUCAGUCUCUGCAGAACCAGCUCGAUAUCACCGAGCGUGAGUACCGUCGUCGGGUCAACCCUACCUACGACGUCACCCCCUCGCACGAUCGCCGCUCCCAGGCCCCGCCCCCUGUAAACGCCUACGGCCCCCGCCAGCCAGUCCAGGACGUCUCGUACGACCGCACUGUCCAAUCCGAGUUCGACGUCUCGUACGACCGUGCGUAUCAGCCCAAGCCCGUCGAGACCUCCCGUCGCGACUCCCACGGCCACCAACAGCUGAACGUUGAGCCCGUCCGCCAACCUCAGCCUCCCCUUGACCAGACCAACGUCAAGGUUCUCAAGUCUAAGACUGUGAUUGAUUCUCCCCCUUCUCGCAAGAUGGGCUACUACGACGACGACGGUAACUAUCACUCCUUCCGUCGCGGUGUGCAGCGCGCCGCCGACCGCGUCCUGCACCCCUCCCACCACCAUGGUUCUCGCGACCACGAGGAAGUAGCCGUCGCUGACGAACGGGGCCCAGUUCAAUUCCGUGAGGGUGUUCGCGAGAACGUCCGCAUCGUCGAGCCCCGUUCCGGCGGUGGCUCCUCGAAUGCCGAGACCGUGCCGAUCCCCGUCCACUUCAUCCGCAUCGGCGACAUCCUGAUCCUCCAGGGUCGCCCGUGCCAGGUCAUCCGCAUCUCCGUCUCCCCGCAGACCGGCCAGCACCGCUACCUCGGUGUCGAUCUCUUCACCCGCGAGCUGCAGGAGGAGUCCAGCUUCAUCUCCAACCCCUCGCCCUCCGUCGUCGUCCAGACCAUGCUCGGUCCCGUCUACAAGACCUACCGCAUCCUGGACCUCCGUGACGACGGCCUGGUCGUCGCCAUGACCGAGACCGGUGACGUCAAGCAGGGCCUGCCCGUCGUGCCCCAGGGCCAUCUGUUCCGCCGCAUCCGCGAGGCCUUCGAGGACGGCCGCGGCAGCGUCCGCGCCCUCGUCAUCAACGACGGCGGUCGCGAGCUGGUCGUCGACUACAAGGUGAUCCACGCUUCCCGCCUGUAA